CGUCACGGUCUCAUAUACAUUUCUGUCACAUCAAAGAGAGCUGGCACCUGCUCCAACGCAGCAAGCAGGCGUGAUAUAGCUCCGCAAGCGCUAGCCAUCUGGAACACGAGGGGUUGAAAAAGGGAGGCUACGACCUGGCGGGACGAGGUCACACCAAAGUCACUGUGUAAGCUCGGAAGGGCCUCAUUAACAUCAGCGUCGGAGGACGAUUCCAGCAGAGGGAUAAUAACUCGCGCUUCCUGUCACAACACUGUUGCUUGAAAUAAAUCAUGCCUUACACUCCACUCAUUCCAUUACCAGCCGAUCAAGCGACGACUCAAACCCUAGAUCCAUUCGAUGAACUGCUAUACGAGUCAACGCCAAAUCUGCUGCCUCCUACUUCUUCGCCUUCAACAAACCGGUCAUCAACAAAUGCUUCAUCAUUCACCAAACCUAUACAAAUACCAAGACUACGAUCACGCACAAGUUUAAGUUUGCUCAAUGUCAUUACACCCCCUCCAUCAUCUUCAGCAGCAGAAUGUUCAUCGGAAUUUGGUGCCUUUGUAUCUGUAUCUCCUUCCCAAGAUCCUCUGGCCACCAUCUUACCUCCUCAGUUCUCUCACUCACCAAAGACUUCUAAAACUGCGUUAUCCGAAAUAGCUUUCGUGGAUGAGGCCAGGCGUAGAACCAGAAGUAACGAGAGGAGGUUCGUAGGGGAGAUUCUUGUUGCCGACGAAAAGGAGCGAAAGGAGAGAGUGGAAGCGUUUCAUCACAAGUCUCCUUCAAGUGCCCAGUCCGAUUCCUUUGGAGAAUUCCAAACGGCUGCUGUCCAGGAGGAGGGCGGAGAUGAAGUGGUAGAUUUACUAUUCAGUCAAAGUCCAAGGACAGGUUUUGGAGUUGUACCCUCGCCGCCGACUUCACUACUUCCACCUUUCAAUCAUUCAAAGUCACCUGGAAAUAUUCUGGCACAUCGUCAUCGUACAUCAUCAUCUCCAGCAUUAAGCGAAACGAACAUGACGGCUGCACCCCAUCAUGUUACCUCUGUGCUCUCAAGUCGAUUGGCUCAUACUUUACCUAGAAAGUGGACCAGUUUGCUCUCAUCCACUUUGUCAUCCUCAUCCUCAUCACCAUCACCAUCCUCUGCAACUUCGAAACCUCCAACUCCAGAACCGGUUCCCUCUAUUCUUAAUCUUUCAUCGUCAUCAACACAUCACAGUGAUGUGGUUCCACGUUCUGUUUCGUCCAUAUUUAACUCUAACGUACCGGUCACCCACACAUCUCCAUUCGCUUUUCAUCCCUACGUUCCACCAGAUGGAGCUCCAGGCUUUGAAGGAGACCACAAUUGGGACAAAGGUUUUACUCACACGCCUCCCCAGAGUCUCGGAGAUCACGUAUCAUUAAUAGGCAGGAGCGAGAGCGCUCGUAUCGUAUUACCACUCGAAAUUGUCGAACAUGUAUGUACAAUUUUUUCUUUCCCUCCCCUCAAUCGCAAGUGACUAGUCUUGCCGCGCUUUCCAAAAAUAACAACAACAAUAAUAAAAUAAAACCAGAUUCGCCGUCACAUUCCGCCUUUAUAUCGAUUAGGAC